AUGUUAAAGAACGAAUAUAAAUUUGAAACAACAUCAAUUCGAAAGGGUAAUCAUGGUAUAAUGAAUUCUAACUCCUCAGCUAGUCUUAAUAGUGUAAAGCUUAAUUCUUCAAUGUAUAAUUAUCAAGAUGGUAUUAAAGAUAUUAAAAUUCUUAGUGGAGGAGUAUCAGCUGGCGUUGAGAUAAGUAAUAAUGGCGGAAGAGUUGGACUUGAAGCAACAAUUAAUAUAUUAGAAUUUAAUGGUUCAAGUUUAAAAGCAAAUUUAGGAAUAAGUACAAAUACUGGUAUAUCAAUUAAUACUCAAUGUUUGGAAGCUAAUCUUGCAGGUUUUGGUGUUAAAUUCGGAAAAGAAAUAGGUAUAACCACAUCUUUUGGAGGUAUAUCACUUGAUAUUGAAACCUUGAUUAAAACGGGUUUAAAUAUCGAUGCAGAUAUAAUAACUAAUAUUGAAGGCUGCAGUAUUAUUCGAGACUUUAUCAAGAAUAGUACAGAUGUAUUACUUGGUGAUGGAGAUAUACCGACUAAUAUUGCAAAUCUCUGCAUUAAGGCUGGAAAAGAAAUAGGUGUUAAUGCGCCUAUUGGCAAUGAAUUAUUUUGUAAUGGAGAUAUACCAACCAAUAUUGAAAAUCACUGCAUUGAGGCUGGGAAAGAAAUAGGUGGUAAUGCGCCUAUUGGAGAUGUAUUAUUUGGUAAUGGAGACAUACCGACUAAUAUUGCAAAUUUAUGCAUUAAGACUGGGAAAGAAAUAGGUGAUAAUGUGCCUAUUGGAGAUGAAUUAUUUGACAUUAAAGAUUCAAUUAAGACAGCUACAAAUGUUACAUGUAAUAAUAAAAGUUUGAUGACUGAUAUAAUAAACUGUGGUAUUAAGUUUGGAAAGGAAAUAGGUAUCAACACGUCUAUUGGUGAUGAAUCACUUAAUAUUGGGAAAUUGAUUACUACCGACAUAUUAACUAGUAAUAAAAAUGUGGAUGCUAUGAUUACAGGUUUAGAUCUUAAAGUUGAGAAAGAAAUAAGUGACAACAUAAAUACAAGUUCAUCAUGUAAUAAUGAAGGUUGCAGUAUUAAUGUUGAAAAUGAAAUAGGUAUCAACAAAAAUAUUAAAAAUGUAGUUUCUAAUAUUAAAAAUUUAACUAGUUGGAUUGGAAACAAAUCAACAAUUUUCUCAAAUUGA